AGCAGCCGGCGGGCACGGAGACUCCGGGCUAACUGCGUGUGUGUGUCCCCGCAGGGCAUGGAGAGGCCGGCGGCUUGGGAGCCGCAGGGCGCCGACGCGCUGCGCCGCUUCCAGGGGCUGCUGCUGGACCGCCGCGGCCGGCUGCACGGCCAGGUGCUGCGCCUGCGCGAGGUGGCCCGGCGCCUCGAGCGCCUCCGCCGGCGCUCUCUGGCGGCCAACGUGGCUGGCAGCUCGCUGAGCGCUGCAGGCGCCGUCGCCGCCAUCGUGGGGCUCUCGCUCAGCCCCGUCACCCUGGGGGUCUCGCUUCUGGCUUCGGCCGUGGGACUGGGAGUGGCCACCGCCGGAGGGGCCGUCACUAUCACGUCCGACCUCUCCCUGAUCUUCUGCAACUCCCGGGAGCUGCGGAGGGUGCAGGAGAUCGCGGCCACCUGCCAGGACCAGAUGCGCGAGAUGCUGAGCUGCCUCGAGUUUUUCUGCCGCUGGCAGGGCCGCGGGGACCGCCAGCUGCUGCAGUGCGGGAGGAACGCCUCCAUCGCCCUGUACAACUCUGUCUACUUCAUAGUCUUCUUCGGCUCACGUGGCUUCCUCAUCCCCAGGCGGGCCGAGGGGGCCACCAAGGUUAGCCAGGCCGUGCUGAAGGCCAAGAUUCAGAAACUGGCGGAGAGCCUGGAGUCCUGCACCGGGGCUCUGGACGAACUCAGUGAGCAGCUGGAAUCCAGAGUCCAGCUCUGCGCGAAGAGCAGCCGUGGCCACGACCUCAAGAUCUCUGCCGACCAGCCCUCAGGGUUGUUUUUCUGAGAACAUCCUUUCCCUCUAAUGACCGAGGUCAGAAACAUCCCCAUGGGAUGCUCCAAAUUUGUAGCUCCUUCAGGAAAACUCCAAGUUGGGUUAGGAGCUGAGUGCAAAGGAUGAGAAAAACUGUUCUUGGUGCGGGGGUCCUCCCAGCCCUUCAUUCCCCAUCACUGUGACAUCCUGCCUGGGGUUGAGUGCUAGGGACUUUUUGCUUGCCUGGUCCUAGUGGGAUAUGCGACCUUAAAACUAUGUUUCCUUCAUCAAAACCAUUCAGUCUUCACACCGCUAGGCAUUCCUGUUUUAAACUUGUUGUGGGGUCCCUGCCCCUGUGCUGGUGGUUUGAGUGGAGGCUGGAGAGGGUGCAGAUACAGCCACCUUCUGGGUCCUCUCCAAGCCCCACUAGGCUCUGAGGUCCUCAAAAUGCCUGUGAGAGGAGACACUAGCUUUAAAACCUCUGUUCCAGAGUUUCUGAGUAAAAGAACUCCAGAAUCCAGAGCAAACAGGCCCCCUCUGAACAAUGUAGGAGGGGUCAGGACCCAAGAGAGGCCCCUCCAGCUGACAUGCUGUGCCCUGCCCUCUCAGCUUGUCCACUCAGAUCCCGCCUGGCGAUGGAGUGGACCUCCCUGGGUGCUUCAUAUCCAGACCUCCAGGUCCUCUGAGAGGGGAAAGCAGCUAAACGGUCAUCUAAGCCCCGCCCCCUUGCAGCAAGAAGCUGAGGCCAAGGAAGAUGAACUGACUAACAGCUCCAUUUACUAACAUCGCAGAGUAGAGAGGAGAGCAACAGCUUUUGAGUUAGACACUCCUGGGUUUAUUACAGGCACUGUCACCACCGUGUGACCUUGAGGGAUUAAAUGAGAUAAAGUCCCUAGAACAGUGUCUGGCUCACAGAGUGGCCCCUGCACUGGCAACAUUAGCAUCGCCUGGGAACUUGUUAGAAAGGCAAAUUCUUGGACUCAACCCCUGACUUAUGGAAUCAGAAACUCUGGAGGAGGCCCCAGCAACCUGCGUUUAGACAAGCCUUCCAGGUGGUUCUGACGCCUACUAAGGUUUGAAAACCACUGCAACAGAUGUUAGUUUCUGAUCCCUUUGAUGAGCUUUCAUGAAGUCUCCAUGGUCUUCAGAGUCAUUCACAGAAGGUUAAGGACAGACUGUAUCCCAGAAGUAAAAGAAAGAAUUUGUGUGCGCACUGGUCAAUGCAUCCUGGGGCAUUUCCCACCAUGUGAACUAAAGGAUGUGACAUAGUAAGCCCUGUAGAGGGCAGUGUUGCCCACUCAUUGUAGAAACUGGUACAGAAAGGAAUGUGAACUUAACCUGAAAUUGACCUGCAUUACCUUCUCUGAAAACUGCCAGACCAUGUGUUUUUUUAAUUUAUUUUGUUUUUUAUUUAAUUACUGUUUAUUAUUUUCAUUUAAUUUUAUUUAAUCACCACAUUUAGAAAAUAAUAGGAAUAGCAAGUUUCUGAACAGGAGAUUACUGAGGCUUUUUUCAGGAGAUGAGGUUGAGUUUGACUUUCUGAGGUGGGGCAUGAGCUGGAAAUAGCAUCAUUCCCCUGGAAUAAGUCUCUCUCCUUACCACAUUAGGUAAAGGUGGGAAGUUCUGCAUAGAGAGACCAGGAGCUGAGUUUAAGCCUAUAAAUGGAGGCUUGACUCGUGGGGUGUAGAAAUGACCCAAGCGUAUUUAUCCUGAAGGUACUUUGCCAGCAGAUAAGGCUUGACCUGAAAAAAGAACCUAUUUAGUUUAGGGGGAAAAAACCCCAUUAGAGGCAUGUGAAGGAAGCACUUAGACCUAGGAAGCCUGAUGUCCUGUGAAGUUCUAUCUUAUGGGUGAUAGACAAAACAGCUUGUGUUACAGUGGUGAUAUGCCACAUUUUCAUUUUGGGAUCUGUAAGAAAUCUGUCUCUGAGAAAAUACUUAUAAUUUCUUCAAUUUCCAUUCCUACAAUUGUAAUGUUGAAAAGUAUGUUGAAAAGUCUUUGGGGCCACACACACACAAACUUGGCUGUAUUAUUUAAUUAUUUAAUAGGCUUUAAACUUACCCAGUCUACCCCCGUGCUUCCCAAUGAUGGCAGUGUGUCUGAGGAAGUAUAAUUUCAGUGCUGCGGGGACGAGUUCGUGUUUCUAUAUUUUUAUUUUUCCUAUAAAUUGCAAUCAAUCUGUAUCCUGGUUUAUUUUGAAAUUGGUACUGGUUUCUUUUUAAACUGGUGUCACUUCUUAGACUACCUUGAACAGAAGCUAGCAUUUUAGUUCACCAGAAUGUACUUCACAUUGUUAUUUAUGUUAUGUCAUAAAGGUACAACCAUGCCCUAACUCAUCUUUUAUUAACGUUUAAAUUUGAAUUAUUUCCUUCCAAUGCCUGAGCUAUUCCCUAGAAAUAAACUGGCCACUUUUGGAAGCAGCAGCAAACAUUUCCUAUCAUUAGGGUAUUUUGAGUAUUUCAAAGUCCUAAACUCCCAAAGUUGUCAUUUCAGUGGCCCACUUUACAUCUAAGGAACAGUGUCUACUUUGGAACAAUACCUUGCACAUAAUAGGAGCUCAAUAAAUGCAUUUGAAUAAUUUAAUAAACUACUUAGCUGUAUUAAUAGGAAUUUGUUGAUAAUGACAGAUCAUUCAUUCUUUUAUGUGUCUGUUAUAAAGAUUGGAGCCUCUACCAGGAUUUAGUCGAGUGCAGUUAAAUGGAUCCUAGAGACAAAUAUUUAUUUCUUUCUUUUGUGGGAAUGUGAAUAAGGCUUUUCCUUAAGGCCUUCAUUCUAUAAACAAACAGAUUGAAAUGGUAUGUUGUAAAGGGAAGAAGGGAGAGGGGUAUUUAGAUUACAAGUGUACUUCAGAAAAAUG